UUUUAUCGACAUCGAGCAACUCAUGGCUUCGCCUGUCAUUUUUGUAUUUUUAAUUCAGUUUUGCCCAAACUAAAAUUUCGGUUAAAAAGUUGAAGAGCGCACUAUGGCUGGCCCGAGCAUGCCAAGCGAAAUAUCGACGAGCAGCAGCAACUGCCAGGAGCUGAGACAGAUGAUAUCACGCAGCUACUCAUCGAUGAACAAACUGGUUGACUUCUACAACGAGCUGGUGCAGCAGGAGCUGCGCAAUCUCCAAAGCGAGCUGCGAGAGAACAAACCUCGUUGCCUCAACGAUCACAGAUCCCAACUCACUGAGGCGCUUGAUCUAAGACACUUGGACAGCAUUAGACCAAUGAGUCCGCAUUUGAAAGUCCAACGCAGCUGCAGCAGCCUCGAUAUCGAAGGCAUUAGUAAGUCAAGAGAACUUUAGAGUUCAGUUGUCGUUGUGAGUGUGGCAUUUGCUAAAUUUUACGCACGCUUCACGGCAAUGAACAAAACUCAAAAAUUCAAUUUUCACUUUUCAUUUUGUAAAAUUUAGACCAAACAGCAAGUUGCAUUUGUUGACUUUACCCAUGUGCUAAGCUAAAUAAAUAAGCAUUAAAAACAAAUAGUC